UAUCAACUAAUACCAUAGCCAUUUAGCAAAUUAACGAGGUUUGGUACGAGGAUCCUCAUUGGCCUACCACACCCACGCAUGCGUUCAAUUAUUAAGCGCGUUCCCCACUUCGCGCGUUGCGAUCCCCACCACGACAAAUCGGACUAAUAUAGUAUCAAGCUCUUCACGCGCUUUGCUCAUUUACCUCAUGCCAUCUCGUGAGACGGUUCGCUUUAGUAUCUUUUACCAAAGACGCUUGUUUCGCUUACAUAAAAAGUCCUGUACAUGUGCAAUCAUAAUAUGAGGAACCGUAUCCAUCUGUUGUUUCUCCUAAGUGUCCGGAUUGGUGUCGUGACUGCACUCUGUAACAUAUGCCCUUUCCAAUGGACACCGUUUGGAACAAACUGCUACCGGCUGUACAAGGAAGGGCUGUCAUACGACAUGGCGGAGCAAAACUGCCUGGAUUUGUCGACGUACCGCAAGGAGGCACACCUGGUGUCGAUCAACAGCCAAGAGGAGCUCGACUUCAUCACGCAGCUCGUGAGCAACGUUUACAGGGGGCAGUGGAAGGAGAUUUGGAUCGGGAUGCGUCUGGACAGCACGGCGCAGACGGCGACGUGGGAAGACGGCAGCGAUCCCACGGCAUUCUCCUACUGGUAUGGAAGCACCACUACACCGGUUCGGUAUGGAUACGGGGAUUGCACAUUGUACACCAUCUCGACGGAUAAGUGGCAUCCGUGGUGGAACUGCAAUGCGAAUGUACCCUCGGUCUGCAAAAUAGAUCAGGAUUAGAUUAUUAUGGAGAACACCCUGCGAGUGACAAUAUGGCACUUGGGAACAAAAUAUGAUUUAAUUGAAUAAUCCAUGAAUGUUUUAGCGGAAUUGCACGCACACCAUGAGCUCGCCACAACAGCGACAUUUCAAACAGUGUUAUUUUCGAGUUCCACCCGGAUUUUUUUAAAUUUUAAUUAGAAGCUAUUUUAAUUAGAGGCUAAAUGCAAAAGUUGCUUUUGAAUGAGACAUCAAACGAGGAAACCUGGGUUCCGAGCGAACUGCUGAAGAAGUUGACUUGUGAAAUUUCGAGCGCACCAAAAGAGCCGACAAUGACUUUCAGUAUUUGCUGCCAAACAUUUUGACAUGUCAUCCAAUGCAGGCCGAUACACUUUCCAAAUGGAAGGGACACAUUCUCAUAAGAACGAAAUUAAACGGGCAGAUGAAGUACACUUUCAAUAUCGAAAACGUCAUCAUGACAGAAUAAAUCUGUCUAAUAUUUUUAGA